AUGAGUGGCUCGACGUCCGUGGGCGCCGCAAGCGGAAGCGGCGGCAGCGGAAGCGGUGGCGGAGGAAUCGGAGGGAGCGGGGCCAUGGGAGGAGGUCCAUGCGGGGCUUGCAAGUUCCUGCGUCGCAAGUGCGUGAGCGGGUGCAUCUUCGCGCCCUACUUCAACACGGAGAACGGCGCGGCGCACUUCGCGGCGGUGCACAAGGUGUUCGGCGCCAGCAACGUGAGCAAGCUCCUGCUCCAGAUCCCGGCCCCCAAGCGCGCCGACGCCGUCUUCACCAUCUGCUACGAGGCCCAGGCGCGCAUCCGCGACCCCGUCUACGGCUGCGUCUCCCACGUCUUCAAUCUCCAGCAGCAGGUGGCAAACCUCCAGGCGGAGCUGACGUGCCUGCAAGCCCACCUGGCCACGCUGGGUCAGGUGCCAGCGCCGCCGCCUUUCCCACAACAGCCGCAAAUGCCGAUGGCGACAGCAGCCCCCUUCUCCAUCUCCGACCUGCCGUUAACGUUGCCGUCCAACAUCCCUUCCUCCGUUGACCUCUCUUCCCUCUUCGACCCGUCCAUGAUGCAAUCGUCGUCCCAGUGGGCCUUCCAGCAGCAGCCGCAGCAGCUACAGCAGCAACCGUUUGUUCCAAUGAUGGGAGACGGCUCCGGAGGUAGUGGAGGCGGCAAUCUUUUUGGCGACGGCGACUUGCAAGCCCUGGCUAGGGAGCUCCUGGAGCGGCAGUCGGCGGGGCCGAUGCCCCAGCAGCCGCCGCACACACAUUGUUGAAUGAUUUUUUUCGGCCUAGCUAGCUAGCUAGCUAGGUGUGGACUGAUUGAUCAGGCCUGCCUGGGAUUUUUAUUCAAACAUUCAUGCAUAUUGUUGAGAGA